GGGUUCCGGCGCGGUUCCACGGGGAGGGGCGGAGCUUCGCCUUCCGCAGCUCCUCUGAGCUGCUGGAACUCCGCGCUGGGCUAGGGAACCGGCUCCGGUGGGAUGGAGGCGGGCGGCGUGGCAGACUCUUUCCUUUCCAGUGCCUGCGUGCUCUUCACCCUGGGCAUGUUCUCCACUGGCCUCUCGGACCUCAGGCAUAUGCAGAGGACACGGAGCGUGGACAACAUCCAGUUUCUGCCUUUUCUCACCACGGAUGUCAACAACCUGAGCUGGCUGAGUUAUGGAGUCUUGAAGGGAGACGGGACCCUUAUCAUCGUCAAUACCGUGGGGGCCGUGCUUCAGACUCUUUAUAUCCUGGCAUAUCUGCAUUACAGUCCCCAGAAGCAUGGUGUGCUCCUGCAGACGGCAACCCUGCUGGCUGUCCUUCUCCUGGGUUAUGGCUACUUUUGGCUUCUGGUGCCGGACCUUGAGGCCCGGCUUCAGCAGCUAGGCCUCUUCUGUAGCGUCUUUACCAUCAGCAUGUACCUCUCCCCACUGGCUGACUUGGCCAAGAUCAUUCAGACUAAAUCAACCCAGCGCCUCUCCUUCUCGCUGACCAUUGCCACGCUCUUUUGCUCCGCCUCUUGGUCCAUUUAUGGGUUUCGCCUCCGAGACCCAUACAUCGCGGUGCCCAACCUUCCAGGAAUUCUCACCAGCUUAAUCCGCCUCGGGCUUUUCUGCAAGUACCCUCCUGAGCAAGACAGGAAGUACCGCCUCCUGCAGACCUGACCCCAGGCACCCGAGUGCCAAGUCGAUACCAAACAGAGCUCCUGUUUCUGCUGGUCCUUGUGACCAGUUCCAUAGCUGCAAUGGGUUGUGAGAAAAAGAUGGCUUUGAAACUAAAGGGACCAAAGAUCUUUCCUUAGAGCAGAUAGGACCUGUGGGAUGAAAUCACAUUUUUACAGGAGAUCAUCUUUUCUCAUUUCGGAGGCUGAGGUGGUAUUAGUUGAAUGUGCCUUAAAAUAAAUUGUACCCCACCCCUGCC